AUGAGAUCUCGCUAUACUGCCAAGUCUUGGAUCAAAGACAAAGUUUGCCGCGCCUCACUGGUACGCAUGGCUCUGAGUCAAGAUGUUCAGGAUGCCAUCACUGAGUGCCUGAAGCACGCAGAAGAUGGCGGGCAACUAGUCCAAGCAUCUAGCCGACUCAUGGAGACCUUGGCAAAAAAUGGUCUCAGCCGCGUUGUGCGGCUCAAGCCCGACGAGAUCGGUGUGCAUAGCCAAAACCGGGACGGAUUUGGCCUGUGUCCGAAGGACGCCCAUACCCUCCUAAGCAUGAUCGCUUCGGUGGGGUUUGAUGGGUCUCAGACCCAUCCGGUGUGCACAGAGCUGCAGCCCGGUGACACCAUGGUGGACUUCAACAGAAAGCUGGUGGAAUCUUCUGGUGGGCUCCUUCCUGCCAUCAACGAAACCAUGAUGCGGUAUGCAUCACUGAGUUGCUCUCACACAAAUGCUGCUCUUCAAUGCGCGCUGCACGAAGUUGCUUCUGAGGAGGAGCUAGUUUCACUGAACGGUCGCAUCAGCAUGUCCAAGAUCCAGUCCGUUGACAAGGCACUGUUCGAUGCCUGCCAUGCAGGCUUGGAGUGGACUGUAAUCCACCGAGAUGUGAUGAGUUUUUCUCCACAAAUCGCUCAGCUCGUCCAGAGCGCCUGCAAUGUGUCCAGUCACAUUGCCAAAGGGGAAAGUGAAUGGCAGAUCCUUGCCAGAAUGAGGUCACUCAUGAGGACCCAGCCUCAUGCUGAGUGGAACCAGGUGAAGAAGCAGGUGCUCCAGACCAAACCGCAGUGCCAUGAGGCAACGCCUUACAUGUUCACCUUCUUGAAGAAUUUUUCCCAUGAAGGUUUGAUGGAAGGCAUUGACACGAGGAUCAAGGGGCACACUAGCACAAACAAGAGUUUGGGCAAAGACUUUUUUGUGCAGCUCAGCGCUCAGUCGAAAGACUGGAAGCAGCAGUUCUUGCACUUGCGCCACGCCGUGCUUUCGUUGGCCUACACUGCUGAGAAGAGUUUGAAUGCAUUGGAUGUCAAGAAACUCUUGGGAAAAGAGCUGGGCCAACGCAGUACCAAAGCUCAAGACUUGAUGGUCAAGUUUCGAGCACUGCUCGACAAGGAGAAGCUUGGAGAUUCCAGCUCAGCCAUUCAAGAUUUGUUUCAUCAGUUCCAAGAUCACUUGAUUCUGGAAUGCUUGGACAAGAUGAAAGAUGAGACCCCCGAGUCUUUGGCUUGCUCAUUGGUGGAUGAGAUCGAGAAGCACCUAAAGAAGCGAAUCACGGCUGAGUUCGAUGGCCAGAACACUGCCAACUCCAAGUUGCAGGCCGUGGUUUCUGCAAGCUCAUCUGGGCACUCAGUGCAGUUGGAAUACGAUGAAGCAGGCAAUUUGAAGAACCCAUGCCAGCUGGUCAAUCAGAUGGGCUUCCAGGUAGGAGCCAAUGUGAUUCGUGGCGACUGCCGAGCCACCAUCACGAGCAUGCAAGGCUCACUGGUGCAACUCAGCGUUGACGAAGGUGAUUUUUGCACUAGCUAUGAAAUCAAAAUUGAAUCAUUCCUCAAGGGUGAGUGGAGGGUCACCAAACAAAAAGCCGAUAUUCAAAAGUACAGCUGGGACAACUUUCAUCAGUUCCGACCCUGCUCAAGCGACACCAUCAACUUCAUGUGUGUCAAGGGGGAGGUCAGUCGCAGGAUGAUUGAACUUGAAAUGCAGCAUGAGGCAUCGUACAAAGGCCUGGUCUUGCAGACAAAGCCUUACAAGAGUGUCUUCACGGCCAAACAGUAUGCAAAGGGCAAGCUGAUUUUGGUCCCCAGCACUUCGAGAAUUGAAAGGAAGGCCUGUCCUGGCUCUGUGGCCUUGGGGUCCAUCCGAGACAUCGGAUUGUACUUGUGGCCAUGCUAUGGACCUCCAAAGCGUGAUGGUGAUCUUGAUGGAUCGUUCUUGUGCCCCUUUUGGAUGGUCAAGCGAACCAACAAGGAGUCUGAGGCAAAUGUGGAGGUUCGCCAGCUGAUCGCAGAAGACCAGGAGAACAACAGCGUGAGGAUUCCUCUGAUGUACAACAUCUCUGCCUUGGAUGCAUCCACUGAGCUCAAGUUGUUUGUUCCCAAGCCUCAGAAGGAGGACCCCGAAGCUCUGGUGCCAGUCCCUCAGCCGAAGCGCCAGAGGACCAAGGGCCAGCACUGGCUCGCUUGUUUCCUGAACUCCAUGGCAGAGGCAGCUCCAUCAGAGGCAGCCCCAGCAGCGGCACCUCCAUCGGAUGCUGAGCUGGACACCGGCCCUGGUUUCAAGCUCGAAUCCCAUUGGGCGAUUGUCCACAAGAUGGACACGUGGUAUCCAGAUGUGGUCACUCGGAGUGGUGACAACUUCAUCAAGCUGAGCAAGUUCGACAGGCACUUCGUGAAGUUCUGCUUGCAGAAGCCGAUGGACCUGAGCAAGGGGGUCGGCCGCAGUGCCAACAGCACCCUGUUCGACAAGCUCCUGGAGCUCCGCAAGAGAGCCAGUGAGGAAAGUGCUCGGCAGCAGAUGGAGAUGCCGGAAUCUGGAGGGGACACCGCAUCUGCAGUGCCCAAGCGCAAGGCCAAACGUGUCCGAGUGGAGGACGGGUGCUUGGUGGACCCUCGUGUGACAAUCCAGCUUCCUGAUCUUGAAACCAAGACGGAGUACUUUAUGUCUAGGCCAGCCAAGGCACUUUGGGGUGUCACGUCAAAGGAGCUAUGGUUAGAGCUCAAUGAACCUAACCUACACUAUAUGAAAGCGUUGGUCCAGCAUGGGGCAGGACAUCAACAACCCAGAAAGAAGAAGGAGAAGAAAGGAUCCCCAAAGAAGUCGCCAAGAAAACGCCUGAAGCGUAUAGGCCACAUCGGUGGCUCUAGCCCAGCCAAAAUGACUGCGGCCAAAUCGAAAGCCAAGAGCAAACCCGAUGACCAGAUCAAUGAUGCCGACACAUUCCCGGACACCAUUCCCUAUGGAAAUGAGGCCAAUGAGGUGAACUCCACAGAUCUUGACGAGUCCCAGCUGGAGGCCGUGCCGCCUGAUCGUCAGCGCUUCGAUGACGAGCACUCUGAGGGCUGA